CACAGCGGAUCACUGAUCCACGGAAAGAGCUGAAAAUGUCAGCUCGGUCAUGUGAUCAGCUGUGUCCAAUCACAGCUAAUCACAUAGCACUGAUGAUCAGUGUGCCCUGAUGAUCUGUGUAGCCCCAGCAGCACCACCUGCUAGUGCCCAUCAGUGCCACAUCAAUGCCACAUAUCAGUGCCCAUCUGAGCUGCCUUUCAGUGUCACCCAUCAGUGCCAGUCAGUGCCACCUAUCAGUGCUGCCAAUCAGUGCCACCUAUCACUGACAGUCAGUGCCGCCUAUCAGUGUGCAUCAGUGCCCCGCCUAUCACUGCCCAUCAGUGUUGCCUAUCAG